AUGGGGUUUCAGGUGUUGAAGUCAGUGGCCGGAAGCGGCGCAGGCGUGAGGUUAGGAAGACUAUGUCUUCCAAACCGACUCCCUGUUAACACGCCCGGUUUCAUCGGGCUCACGUCCCGAGGCACGCUUCCACAUCUUACACCAGAUACGAUAAAGAAGCACACAUCGUUCGAGGCCGCGUACAUGGCUCUUGAGGACUUCAUCGAGAAGAAGGACCCGCCCAUCUAUCUUGCCCCUUCCGCAGGGCGUCGUCCCCUUCAGGCAUUCACAGCUUUCCCCAAAGACCACAUACUCAUCAUGGGCGCCAGAAGGAUACCCCCGGUCACAACCCCUCUAGGAAAUGGAAACAAGCACGUGGCUGUGUUCACGUCCACCGGUUUCCGCAACAUCCCCAUUGAGGAGUACAGCAAGAGGAUCGCUACGCUGAGGCCAGAUAUCGCGAUCCCUCUCGUGGACCUGCCUCACACGAGCUCUAAUCCUAAUUCUAGGAAACUCAUCAAGAUGGUGGAUAGGACAGAGGACUGGGUGGACACCUUCCUCAAGAACCGGAAGGACGACCCGGCGAGCGCUGAGGGCGUGGCAGUCUUCGCGCCUAUCCCGCCGGUGGAGCGCCCCAUCCAAUGGCAAUACCUCGAGCACCUAUCCGAGGAAGUAGCCGAUUCGCUAUCAGGGCUGGCCAUCUACGAUGCCGACAUCAUCCCCGACUUAUCACAUUACAAGUCCCUGGAGACGCUCCCACGGCUCGUUCUCCAACCUCCGCCCACACCUCAUCAUGUCCUCCGCCAAAUCGCUCUCGGCGCAGACAUGUGCCUCAUUCCAUUCAUCAACGAUAUGUCAGACAACGGCAUCGCUCUAACAUUCACCUUCACCCCUCCCACCCAAAACGCAGAAAAACCAGCAGAACACCUCCCGCUAGGCGUAAACAUGUGGCCCAUCGAAAACAACACGUCCCUCGAGUCCCCCAUGCCCGGUUGCAAGUGCUACACCUGCACGAAGCACAACCGCGCCUUCAUCCGACAUCUCCUCAACGCCAACGAGAUGCUGAGCUGGACGCUGCUGCAGAUCCACAACCACCACGUCAUGAGCGAGUUCUUCGCCGCCAUUCGGGCGAAGCUCGCCGAGGGAGAAGCUGCGUUUGAGGAGGCUCGCAAGGCCUUCGCGGCGGCGUAUGAGCCUGAGUUGCCGACGCCGACGGGCCAGAGGCCUAGGGCUAGGGGGUAUCACUUUAAGGGUGAGCCUGGGGAGAAGAUUAAUGAUCCGGCAUGGACGAACUUGAAUAAGGAGGAGGGAGAGAAGACUGCGGUUUAG